CUUUUGUCCAGGCACUCAAAAGCUAAGCCGAUCCAGCAUGACUGGGCCGAAUCUUGAGGCAGCCGUGGGAGAGGAGUCUCUCGCCAACAGGCAUCAUGAGACCCCACCAUCGUGGGCUUUACUGAUUCCCAGGUGUGUUGGCAUUUUAUAGCGUAUGAGGCUCCUUAGCCCAGCCAAGUAUAAGUAGACCUCGUAUGUCUGGUCAUAAUCAUGGUUUCGGUGUUUCCUUUGGCCGUUACAAACUCAAUUCCAUCUGAACAUUCAAGAGAUGUCUGGGACAGCGCUGACAGGGUCGUUUCUGGAUUGCGGCCCUGGCAAGUUGCCUCAGCUGGACUUUAGCUGCGCUGGACCUAGCUGCGGCUCUCUGAACCAAUUCCCAGGAGGAGUGGCUACCGACAGUGGAAAUAACUUGGAUUUCAAAAGUAAUGCGCGAUGCGAUUCUGGAAACUCCAAUUAUAUCAGUCAAUAUGUGUUUACUCAGCCUUCCACGGAAAUCGACCAUAAGGUCUCUCAAGAACAGAACAUCACUUUGCCCAAUUGCAAAGGACUCCACGUACAAAGUGAUGGGACGAGUGCGGGCACAAACGUAGAUUCCUUAACCAGAACGACCGGACCUGAUUGUGAGCCUCCUCAGCCUCCUAAGGCAUCAUCGUCUGUCAUUGUGGUUCCUCCGGCGCAAUCUUCGGCACCUGGUGGUGUACAAAGCUCCGGGGCACCUCUCGCGGCGUCUUCAUCUGCCCCAGGUGUUGUUGGCCCCAUCAGCAGCGCAAUAGGGGGGGGUGCAAGUUCAACAACGGCGGGUACGCCUCCAACGGGCUCUCCAAAUCCCACAGAAUCUCAACCAGCUCAGUUUACGGGGAGCGCAAUCCGCCAUCGUCAUCCAAAAACAGGGAUUUUACUUCUGUUCUUCUUUAUUCUCGGUUUCUUCAUUCAAGGAAACUCAGCAUAUCUCGUGGAGCAUGAAAUGGGUCCUGAUACGCAAAGGAGAGCCACGUACAAACUUCGGGUCAGAGCAUUGUCAGACAACACCCGAACUUUCGCUGAACAGCUUGGGGGUUAUGUUGCGAAGAAGGUCAAUGAAGGCCAAGGAAGUGGCGGCCAAGUCUUUGCAGACAAGCUUAUCUCAGAUACGCUUUCGACGAUCUGUCAAAACUUCUUCUCUGGCGGGGCUGCUCAGUCCUUCUCUCCGGUUGUGGUUGACAAUUGCAUCACAGCUAUCUAUGACGAUAGUGUUGCUGUCAAGCCUAAACUUGAGUUCCUCUCAGUCUUUGGAGCGAGCAUGUUCUGCAAUUACCUCACUAGCCAGGCCUACCCGAUUGCGGACCAGUUUUCUAGCGAGGCUUGCAAGGGCCUGGAGAAUCUCAUAGUAAACCCCAGGACUUCAUCUUUAGUACCAUCUGUACCAACAUCGGUACCUCCACCAAAUCCUCCACCUACAACGCCUAAUCCUCCACCUACAACGCCUAAUCCUCCACCUACAACGCCUAAUCCUCCACCUACAACGCCUAAUCCUCCGCCUACAACACCACCCACAACACCGCCUCCUCCUCCAACUACAACGACCAGACCACCUUUUACAAAUUCAUCCACUCCACUAACAUCUUCGACGACGUCCACGACGUCAGCGACUCCUUCAUGCCCGGCAGAGUCAACUUGCAGCGGGAACUGCGUUAACCUCAAGACAGACCCGAACAAUUGCGGAGCCUGUGGCGUUGUGUGUGCUUCCGGAACAUGCUCAAACGGCGCAUGCUCUCUCAAUUCAUGCUCUGGGCAAACCUGCUCAACAUUCGGACCAUGCGGCCCCGGAGGUAGCUGCGUCUGUGCCUCUAUUGUCGACGGCACUGGAUUCUGCGUCAGUGGGACAACUCCUUGUUCUGGGCUAGCAGACUGUGCCACUAACGCUGACUGUCCUCUCGGUGCUGUGUGUGCGGUGGGUACUUGCUGUACCAGAAAUGUCUGCAUCGUGCAAGACACUUGUGGCGGAUCAUCUCCCCCUGCAGCUCUAUUUGCGCGUGAAUGGGAUAACGUGGCAAACGACACCAUUGGUCGACGUGCGAUUUGGGAUAUUUAGGUAAGGAUAAAUGAAUGCUUUAGUAUUGAGCUUGCGUUGGUGUCGAUAGUUUGUAAAGUCAGGCUCGUCGUUUCGUUGUAGCGUCUUUAUGGGUGACUGCGACGGAUUUCCUAUGAUAUGGAUAAUGUGAUGAUGUGAUGGAUGGAACGCUCCUUAAAACGAUAUGUAGAUAUGGC